AUGCUGUCAGAGGCCAGCAGAGGGCCCUGUACACUCACAGCUGACAGGUGUAUCCUGAUUGGGGAAGUGACCAGUUUCUUUGUCAAAUCCGAUGGGGCCCAGGAGAAGACCAUUGUGACCGCUGACUGCUGUUAUUUCAACCCUCUUCUUCGGCGAAUAGUGCGUUUUCUAGGUGUGUACUCCUUUGGCCUUUUCACCACCACCAUCUUUGCAAAUGCGGGUCAGGUGGUGACAGGAAACCAGACACCGCACUUCCUGACCACCUGCAGGCCAAACUACACCGCUCUGGGUUGCCAGUCCCCUUUGCAGUAUAUCACCGAGCGGCGGGCGUGCACUGGCAACCCCUACCUAGUGGCAUCUGCACGCAAGUCCUUCCCCUCCAAAGAUGCCGCUCUCAGCUUCUACUCUGCCAUUUACACAGUGAUGUAUGUGACCCUGGCGUUUCGGACUAAGGGAACCCGUCUGUCAAAGCCUACACUGUGUUUGGUGCUACUAUCGCUGGCUGUUCUCGUGGGCGUCGUACGGGUCACUGAACAUAGAAAUCACUGGAAUGAUAUCUUGGCUGGGUUCAUCACCGGAGGGGCCAUCGCAGCGUUUUUGGUGUCAUGUGUGAUCAACUACUUUAAGCAGACCCAGACUGCGUCACAAGCCACACAAGCUUCUCAGCGGCCAGAGCCCCCCACUGGGAUACCCUUACUCAGUCUGCCCCGUGUGGAGAGUCCACUCGAAAAGCUCCAGGGUUACCGUAUUCUGAGAUCACAUGACCCUCAGCCAACCCCGAGCCCCACCCCGCCCGACGUUCUGCUUCCCUCAAGACGUUGCCUCACCAGCGCAGUCUAG